AUGCUUGCCACCACUGACGGAUAUGCUCAGCUGAACGUUGUCAAACAGGAAGCCACGAUCACGAUUCCCAGUCGAAAUACUGAGGUCGAUUCGGUACAAUUUGCCCCAAGCUCGGUGUCCAUCUAUAAUGAAGUGAACAACACGCUGAGAGCACCGAAAAGGCCGAUCCAGUCUCAAGAACUUGUGGUUUCACGAGGAGCAGUUAAUGGCCAAGUUCGUGCCGAAUACCCCGUGAAAGUUUGUCCAACCACUUAUGCAAGUAGCAUACUACGAGGAAACAGUUGGACAGUCCAGGCGAGCAGCGGCCAACAAAUUCAGUCGCAAUACCAGCAAAACUCCCUGAAUGGCAGAAUUCGCCCAAGUACUGCCCCUGCUUUAGAAGAAGCCCUUUCUACCACGCCUGUCAAAACCUCAACACAGUACGGUAUCACUGCCAGUAUUGCAAGGCCAAGCGGAACGACACGCAAACCCGAUAGACGAUGGGUUGACGAAGACAUUGCUCACUAUGGAGCCAUUGAAGAAAAUUGUGAUUUUGAUGAAUGGAUAAACCGGGUUGAUGUUUCAAAAUUUGCGACAGAUAUUAGUGAUGAUUUAAUGUCAAGGCCGAAACUAAUCAAGAAAGAGAGGAAUCCUGCUGUUAGUAGUCCAUACCCAAAACCAGGAUGGUCAUAUUCGAAUCUUAUUGCAUUAGCCUUGAAAAAUAGCGAUACUGGACAGCUGACUGUGUCGGAGAUUUAUGCGUUCAUGCUCGAACAUUUCCCCUAUUUUCGAACUGCACCAAAUGGAUGGAAAAAUUCUGUUCGUCACAAUCUCUCUUUGAAUAAGUGUUUUUGCAAAGUUGAUGUGAGUUUUGAGCUUUCUAUUUCUUUUAUGGCUGUAUUAUUGUCUGUAGAGACUUAG